GACGUUCCCAUCUUCGCAUCAACAUAUGUCUUCUCCUGCGUCUUUUCACCACCUCCGAUGCUGGAUCUAUCCAGCACCAUAACCUGACCAGGUCCAGUAUGCGUUUCCGACAUGAUGUGAGCUACACGUCUGAUAAUGAACGGCACCCUAUGUGCAUUCUUCCAUGGUUAAAACCGACCUCAAAGUCCUUCUCAUGACACCUUCGAGAGUGGCCAACUUGUGAAACGAGACUACUAUAAAAUCAAUCGGGCCUACACUGCAGUGAUAUUGGUAGUGUGUUGGUUUAGGUUAGGCCCAAUUUUAGUUGCACCGGGUGCAGUCAAACGCGCAGUCACCGUAGGGAUGUACUUUAUUGAGAUGAUGACAAAAGGAGAGAGGACGAGCGACUCGGGCGAGCGAGCGAGCGAUCAGAAGGACAAAGAUUCGUUUCGAACCUCCUCGUAAAGCUCAUUCAUAACCACCAUCCUACUAGGGCAGGGAGAAAGAAAGCACAAGGACCUAAACGCCGAAAAGAACUCUGACCACAGGCAAAAUUCGCUGAAUAUUCCAGAAGGACUUCGUGGCGUCUGAAACACCACAUUAAGGACCUUCCCCCCUCACGGUGGCUUGUGCUAGCUCAGUAGUUCGAAUCACCACGAGAAACAACGGCCAGGGAAAGUUGUUUCUCCGGGAAAGAGUCACGGUGAUUCGGGAACGGAUAAGCACCAACGGAGUAACACGUCGGAUCGAACUGGCCUGGCCUAGUCACAAGCUCUCCGAACCGGGAACAGGUUCGGACAUAGCUUCGGCACUUCAAACUGAAUAGAGAGCAAGUCUAUCGGGGCGCUGCAAGGCUGCCCCAAUGAUUUGCAUACCGGAGGGAGGCGGAGCCGCCGGCCAAGUUGGACGCCAUAACGGUAAGGCAAGUGCGACCAGGGAAGGCGAGCGUAGUGGGGAGCUGGUCUGGAUAACCUUGACGAUGGAUUCUUUGAGCCAUGGGAGCAAGGAUUUUGAUCUGCUCAGCAGCGUCCGACGUGGUGAGGUGAGGCGUGCGGUCGACACGUGGGAUCGAGCUUGUGGCGCUGAGGGCACCGUCGCCAGUGCAAGUUGCUUCAGAGCCACCAGGUAAAACAAAUGGAACAUGCGCCCUCCUCGAAUCAAUACCGAACUGGCCAUGCCAGACACAAGAGCUAACCUCAUGCUGCUGAAAACAGGUUGACAUUGCUGCAACUGGAUGCCCCUCAUGAAGGGUUCUUUACCUCCUUGGCUCGGUAGUUUAAUUUAAAGUCUGUCCUACUCGUUUUUGGUGAGUUCUUGGUC